UGUCACUCUCAAAUAUAUUUCUAACUCUAUCAAUAUUUUUAGAAUAUUUUGUCUCUAUUAAACGUUUCUUAAUUUGGCCCCUCUAAUAACUCAGUCCCUAACAUUAUCCAUUUUCGAUCAAAAUAGUCUUUCGAUUGUGUGCUAUACUGAUAGAUCUUUAUUAUAAUCUAAAAAGCAUGAAAAUUUUGACCAGGCUCUAUUAAAAUCCUGGCUCCACCAUCGACCUGCCUCCCUCCGCACCGCUGUUGAUCCUCCGCGCCGCUUGUUUUCUUUCACAAAAUAAUGAUAAGCAAGUCCCCAUUCUGGAAUUGAAGGAAUGCGACAUGGAAAGUCCCCAUUCUGUCAAUAGUCCAAGAAGAACACUGAGUCUUUCAAGACAACGGAGGGCAACUGUGUCAUUUCUUGAUUCCGAUGAAAAAAACAACUCUGCCUCUGGAUUGUCAGCCGAUCAUGGCCCUAAGCCUUCUGAGGUUUAUGGUUUUGUUGGAUCUAUAACCACUGUUGUUGCUACAGUUAUUUUCUUGGUAUGGGCAUAUGUUCCAGAAUCAUGGCUACAUUCUAUUGGCAUCUCCUAUUAUCCUAGCAGAUACUGGGCUUUGGCAGUACCAACUUAUGUGAUGGUGACCAUUGUAUUAAUGUUGGCAUUCUACAUUGGCCUUAACUUUAUGUCAACACCUUCUCCUGCAUCCAUAAACACUGUUUAUGAUGAAUUCAGUAGGGAUCCUUUGAGGGUUGAGUUUUCGGACGAUGGAGAUGAGAAGCCCAUUGAUCCCAUAUCUGAUAUUGGCAUCGACAGAAUCAAUAAUGCUAUGUUCAAUAAUUCAACCUAACGAUCACACAUUCAAACCUGUUUCCAAUUGUGUGGUAGAUAUUCUGCCAAGCAGUUGCUGCUGAUGUUGAGUUCUAACAUGAGAUUAUCAAUUUCAAUUACAAUAUUAUUAUCAUCUUUUCAAAUGAUAAGAAAAAAGAAAUGUAUUUUUUUUAACUCAUGUGCCUUUGCAACUUGUUUAUUUUUCUCACUGUCGUGUACCUUCACAACUUGGUUUUUCUUCCUCGCUGUCAUGUACAAUAACACUAAUUUUGUGUACCGUUUUGAGGAGCCAACUUUAAAAUGUUAUAUGACAACUAUAACAAUACAUUUU